AUGACUCAGAGCCCUUUGGAGAAGAUCCAGGUGUUGGAUCAGAUAGAAAAGGAAAUUGUUCUGUGCCUCCAGAGUGCUGGACAAGCUCUACUUGAGCUCAGCAAAGAAAAAUCCAGUCAGAAGAAUGCUGAGAAUCACACACAGCAAUUCCUCAAGUCCCUGAAUGCCGUGGAGUCGAAAUUAUUGGAGCAAAUAAACUACCUCACUCAGGUGUCUACAGGGCAGCCCCAUGAGGGUUCUGGAUAUGCCGCAGCUAAGGUGUUGCAGAUGGCCUGGCACCGAAUCCACCAUGCACGAUCGAGAGUCCGGGAAUUGGAGGAAUCCAAGGCAAAGUACCAACUGCAAAUAACCAAUAGACAGCAGCCCAAUUUCCCCAAUGGUGGCGCGUCAGCCCAGCAGGGAGGAGGCUCUAACAUUUUGUAAGAAUAUUUAUUUGGCAAUUAAAGUUACUUUUCUGUA